AUGUUGCCCAAGAUAACUUUGACGUCAAUAGCAAAUAAGCUUAGUGAUGACGACAUUGUUAUAAUAACGAAAAAAAAUGGAGUCUCAAGAUACCAGUUCGGAAUCGAAAAAAAAGUACGAUAUAAUGAUCAGUGGGAUGAUGACACUAAACAAUCAACAUUAUCAGUGAUACUUGAACCAUAUCUAGAGACACCUAUAACACCUGAGAAAGCAAUUGCAAAAAUAUUAUUAUACUUUAUCAAAAGCAAAUACAAGCAUUUUGACUUGAAAAGAGGCCUGAGUGAUGAAGUGUUUAUGGUUCUCAAUCACACCAAUAACCAUGAAAUAAUAAUCGAUAAUAAUAGAGUCUUUAUAAAACCAACAGAACUCCAUUCUCGGUUUCAAGACUUACAACAUCAACAUAAGACCCAACAAAGCUUAGAACGAACCAUCUAUAUAGAAGACAUUAACGCGUGUAAUCUGCAGGAGAAAGAAAGUAAAAAGAAGAAGAUCUUUGAACUUGAACAACAAUUUCUCCAACAAAAACAGCGAAUUCUGGAGCUGGAGAAACUGAAUGAAGAAGUUCAGAAGUCUGAACAACAUUUAAAACAACGAAUUCAGGAGUUUGAACAGAAAUUAACUCCAAAAAAAAUGGAUUCAGAACUUGAACAAAUAAUAAAAAAAACUGAUAAAAUGGUCAUAUCUAAGAGAAGGAAAUAUGAUGAUAUGCCCUUUAUUAAAAAUGAAAUUACAAGAAUUGGUGUAUCAUCACCUUUAUCACAACACGUUAUAAACAUUGUUAAUGCCACAGAAAAAGAAAGUUGGGAAAAACAUGCUGCAACAUCAUUGAAAAAAGCUCAAAAAUCAUUACGUCCAGGUGAUGCAGUUUUAAAUUAUUUUAGAUUUUAUAAAGCCUACAAAAAGAUCUGUUUUAUGAAUGGAAAUCGCCUAAACAUGAUAUAUCAAAGCAUCAUUGAAGUAUACAAUAAAAUUCGAGGAGAGGAUCCAGCCAAUGACGUUGUAAUGACAUCUCAACUACUAUCUGAAGAAAAAAAAAAUAGUAAAUGGGUGAAUGACCUUCAUGAUAUACUCGGACAAAAUCUUACGCUGUGGAACAUUGAAAUCAGCAAGUUGAAAAUGCCUAACGGAGCACAGUGGUAUAAAGCAAUAGAAAUAUCAAAAGAAGAAUUAGAUAAAGUGAAAAAAAUUCGUGAAUUUUUACUCAAUGAUAUUUAUUUUGUAUUCACUUAG